AUGAAAAUGCGCAUAGUUGUAAAAAAAAGCUUAGCAGUGCAUGGAGCCAUGCUUCUACUCGGCCUUUCUCGGGAGGUCUGUGGAUCCCAUCUAAACGCACCAGUUUUGAAAGAGCUAUUGGAUGUGUCUCCAGAUGGAGGCUUUCCUACGGGCCCGAGUGGCGAUUCCAUGGGGGAUGGAGCUUUUGUGGCAGCCCAUAAACGCAAUCCUGCGCUUCCAAGCAGCAGCGGGACGCCCGAAAACAGAAACGCAUUGUAUAUGGAGGGAGGCGGCAUAAAUCAGCCUUCUACCUCGAAAAAUGCAGUUGUACACGAUCAAGAAGCGCAGCGGCUGGGCCUGCUUGCGAACACCUUUUUAUACACGUGCCCACCGGCAACAAGUGACAGCGUCUCCAGGAAGCGCAGCGCCUCCGGAAAUGUCGUUGGCAGAAAUCCUUUGCCACAAAACAGUGCCCCAAGCCACCCACCCGAAAGAAAAGACCCCGCGCACAUGCCUGCAAGCCAUGCAUGCGUGCCUCCGUACACAAGUGCAGACUAUCAAAAACCCAAUGCUUUGUAUGGAAACAUGCACAGCACCGCCAAUAAUGCAGGGACAAGCCAGCAGCGGUUGGUCGCGAACAUGGAACACGCCAGAACAUACACAGUGGCGGGGGCCAGUGGGCAUCAGAAUAAAUACGCUCCUGCGCACGCCUCGGCGCCUGCGAACAAUAUAGUUCCUUUCAGAGAUGCCUGUUUUAGGCACAUUUGCACUAUGUCAAAGUCCGGCGCCUAUAUGGAGAUUCAUCCAAGCGCAUAUCUCUCAGACCAAAGUCUUGCUCGGCAAGGCCAUCCCGCAAGCAUGGAAAUCAGCAAGGUUUUUACAUGCUGCUUAGAGCCUUCUACUAUAAGCCAAGUCAGAUUGAACGCCUUGAGAUGUGUUGUGUCUUCCAAGCCCGGGUGCAGCAUAUGGUGCUUUUUUUUAAAGUAUUUUUCUCUUGCGCAGUGCGGGUGCGCAGAAAGAGAUGUCCAGAUUAUGGGCAAAAGAGACUUUUUUUUCUCGGGCCAUAUGAAAGGGCAUCGGGGCUAUUACCCGAAUCUGCUGAAUGACAUACAUGCAUACAUAGAAGAAAACUCGCCCGACGAGUAUGUCAGCAUUAUGGACCCGAAGCGAGUAACACAGCGCGUCAAAAAAAAUGCGCUGGGAAACUUAUAUGGGUAUCCGCCCAUAAUGACCGAAAACACUUCCAGGGUUAUUAAUCGUAUUGGGUGCAAUUUGGCGCGCCUAAAUGGCUUUAUGUUUUGCAUGCGCAUACCCGAAGUUCUGGACGACUUCCUGCGCAUGGACAGCGAAACUUUUGAGCUAAGCCUGCACUAUAUGUGCAUCUGCUGCGCGGAAAGGUACAGAGAAAGCCCAAAACUCAAAAGGGCUGUUGAAAUACUGAGAGCCUUAUACAGCGCAGUCAGAAACUGGAAACUCGAGCCAGAAAAGGCUUUUCCGCAUGUGGAGUCAGAAAUCGAACCAAAGGAGUUGUGGGGAAGCGCAGAAGCUUCGAGCAUCGAAGACAUAGAACCUGCGUAUCGGGAGGCAUAUAAUGCAAUUUCGCUCUUUUACAAAUUCAGCCUGUGGACAUACUAUUCAGACGCCAGCAAUGGCGCAAUAAAAACCCAGCGCAGGUUUCUGGGGAAGCGUGCAGUGUCCCGCGCGCCCUACUUGAAAAGCAAAAUUGUUAUUUUAGACGAGGGGAAGCGCCAUUUUCAUGUUGUGCAAGAGGAGAGCAAGAUUGUGUACAACCGCUGGGAAGCAUGCACUCCCGAACUCCACAUUCAUGUGCACUUUGUGGACAACUAUGCCCAGAAAUACAGGCUUGUGUGCAUGCCGGGGCGCAUUCUGCAGAACAAGUGGACGCCUCUGCACAGUAUAUCGAAGGUGUGUGAGUAUCUGCAUUUAAUGCACAACACGCUGGCUGGAAAUGUGUAUCCGCUGAGCUACAACACAAGCACGAAAAAAUGGGGCUUGGUGUCUGGCAGCGAUCUGCAAAUGACCGUCAACGACUUGGACGAGCAGGGGCGCGCUGUGGUUUUCUACUACCUUCGGGAGACCAUUGACUCCGGCCAAUUCACGUUUUCGGUGUUUGACAGCUCGGACGACGUGCAGGGCCGCAUAAAAAUCCCGCUGUUUCUGUCGCCCUUGAUGCGAUCUGCGCUGCUUCUGACGCCGUAUGCCCACAAGGGGCUUGUGCCGCACCAAAUAGUGCCAUUACGCGACUUUGUAGAUGGCAAUGUUGAGCCGUCUGUGUACUUCUAUCCUGGCGACCCACCAGAGGGCAAUUGCGCUCAAACAGACGAGCAAGCAUAUACAUACACGCAUAUUAGAGGCAUGUACAACAAUCUGUACAUGUACAGUCCCGCAGCCUCGCCCCGCUGCUGGGAAAUGUGUGUUAGCCAAACAGAAGACCCAACCACCCGCGCGAUAACUGUGUGCUGGUAUGCAAUAGUGCGCGAAAACAAAGAAACAUAUUCGCAGUUUAUUUUCCGACAGGCCGAUGGCUCUACCCCGGCAGAACAGCACAAAAGCAUAGCCGACCAAAUUGAAAACAUCAAAAGAUACUAUGCGCUUAAAUGCGAAAACGUAUGCAUGUCUAUCGUUUGCGUAUCCAAAAACAAAGCCAAAGAAGGCGCUGGCGUACUUGCGGCAAGCGAGUGCCAGGAUUGCCUGUAUAUCCCCGGCCAGUGCCUACUGCUUAUUCGAGGCGUAAGGAAGUUCAAUCAUGAGCUCCGCAUUCACAACCUGCUUCUUUCGCUAUUUUUCAGAAAGCACAAGAUUUAA